AAGAAGUUGGGAACAUGACAAGCCUCAUUCAGUUAUCGCUAUGGAAUAAUUCUUUAAGUGGUCCAAUACCAUCCACCAUUGGAAAUCUAUCAAAUAUGAAGCACUUGGCUCUCUCAUCCAACAAAUUAAGUGGUCCAAUACUACCAUCCACCAUUGGAAAUCUAUUACCUCUGGAUUCUUUAUAUUUGUGCUCCAACAAAUUAAAUGGUCCAAUACCAUCCACCAUUGGGAAUCUAUCAAAUCUAAUGAGCUUAGAUCUCAAUUCCAACAAAUUAAAUGGUGAGCUCUCAUCCUCCAUUGCAACUUGA